AUCAGCGCUCUCGACAAUGCCACUCAACAAAAAACGGCCCCUUCUGGCACGCCCUCCCGAACGACCGCGAAGCCGCAAUAAAAGGUGCGCGGUCGCCAAUCCUUCUCCAACGUGAAGCUCAGGCAGCAGUGACUCGGUCACGAGGAGUCGCGCCAAGAGAUCGACAUCGCGCACCUGAGAGAACGUAUCAGUGUCACCUUGAAAGCACGAGCGCCCCGUCUGACUUAUUUAUAAACAGACGUGGAAGUCUGCCCGUCGCGGCGGGACUCCUGCGAGGAUGUUGAAGCAAAAUGUCAACCAACUCAUCGAUACCAACAUCGCUCCAGCCUCAAACCCGCCGACUGCAGGUACUGGAGGCAUACCGUCGGCCGCCCCUACUGGAGGGCUCAAGCCGAUCACAAGGAGAAAGACGGACCGUAAUAUGACAGAUUCGCGGCUCCUGGCUAACCGCAAAUGCAUCUACGAGCGUCGCCUACCGGGAGGAGCCUACAUCACCGCCCAUCUGGAGAGACUGCAGCAUGGGUAUUUCGGCAGCGAGAAUACCUCAGACCACGAGGUUUCACAUGUCGAUUUUCUGGGCGUCAAUUUUGUUUUUCAUCCGUCAGACUGCGAUAACCAUAGAUUCAAGGCCGCGACCAUUAGGGCCACCAUUCAGAACGCCACGGUGGGCGAGGAUCGGUACCCAUACCCACAAGAAAAUCCAAAAUUCCUCAUGCAUGCGCCUCAUCUCAUCUAUGGUGCUGUGUCACCGGAGACCCUGCAGUGGACCUUUAGCCUGGCUGGGUCGCUAGGGAUUUCCGACGCCCCAGUCGCCGCUUCGUUGAGUCCAACAGGGAGUAGGGCUGGCUCUUACAAAGUCUACGAAAUGAUGAAAAUCCAAGGCUCAUCACGAACCUUCAAAAGCCCUGAUGGUCCUGAAUUCGAUGUGGAGGAUGGCGAGAUACUGUGGUCCCUCAGCGAAAAUGCCCUUCAGAGGUCUGGCUUGCCAAGGGAGUUUACCUUUGUCAUGCUUGUGGAGAAGCCUAGAGCAGACAGCCAAAUUUCUUUCAAACUCGAGAUCGACCCGUUGAUCGACGCGUGGUACGGCAGCUAUCCGAGUUGGUGGAUCAACAAAUCUGCCUACCAGCCAUUGCGCAAACGUGCCGUCAACUUCCACGGUCAGGUUGGACAGCGAUUCACGCCUGUCGACGCACAGAAGGGCUUCAAUUUUGCGAAACUAGCGAGUAACCUGGAUGAUUAUGUGAACAUGCCAGGUAGCACGUAUUCAUCAAAUGUUUCGCCUGAUGGUGUAUACAAUGAUCCAACAGGUACACAACCGGCUCGACCUAAUCAACCGACUGGGUCUGGUAAUGGCUACGGAUACGGUAGUGGCGGCAAUAUGAAUGAUCAACCUAUACGCAUCCCCGAAUAUUACGGCUAUCCAGAAACCGGACAACCCUAUGGGCCGUUGAUCCGGCCGCCACAAGACGUUUGGGGAAUGAGUUCGCCGUUUCAGCGGGGGUGGCCGCGACAGGACACCUACUACGGCGGGCCGUCCGGCUAUAACGGGCGAGUUGGCACUUCAACCGAGAGCACAAUUAAUGUUAAAGUGAUGCUUGAAAAUGGAUUUACAUCCCAGCUGGCGGCCGCCGCCCUGGGAAAUCAGGGUAUGCGUGCAUCUCCUCGUUUGCGAGAUAGUCCAACGUUAGGGAUCUCAGCGGCUUCUGAGGGGUCGCCAAUGGGAAGAACAAGGUCGCUCCGCCGAUCGAGAUCCCGAGAAGAUCUGAACAAAACGGCGUCGACCAACCGAAGAAUGACAGUAGCAACCGAUGCUUCUAUUGAUCCAGAAUAUCACUCCACGGAGCCGAUUUCAAAUGGGACUGGCGGGGUACGGAAGACGUCAGAAGCGAUGACCAUCAGCGAUAUCAACGUUACGCCUCCGCCAGACGGAAUCCGAGAUCCUCUGGCCAUCAAAAAGACCACUAAUGGAUCUAGCCGAAGAACGACAACCGUCUCUGGUUCCUUUGACGAUACGUAUAUCCCGAAUGGAAAUCUUGCAAAUGGAAUCCACACCCCGUCUCCGGCUUCCAACGGCACGCUACGUCCUCGUCAGGCUUCCAGCGGACAAAUGCCGAGGCGAUCAGCUUCACAGAAAACAAAUGGAUACAGAAACCGGUACUCCUACCCUUCCGCAUUGCAGAAUGACCUCGGAAACUCUUAGAGUAGCGGACAAGUUGCUCUGAACAUCACCCGGAGUCUGUUUUGUUUUGUUUUCUUUUAAUUAUAUCAUGUUUAUUUUCAACAGCUAUAUACCAAUAUGCAUCUUGUUUGCUACAGCAACACUCGGCUAUCUUUGCAGCAAUGCAUUCAUCGGCGCUGAGUUAUUUGUACAUCUAUUAUUUUUAUCAGUCAAGUUUAACGACCAUAUUCAGCGUAGUCACUGCGCUGAGGUCAUUGUAAGAUUACGAGUUAUACGACUAUUUGGGCUUAGCCCUAGCUACCUAAUCUAUAG